AUGGUCCUCGGCUUCCAGUUCUCCUUCCGCCCACCACCCCUCAACCCUCCCACCAAAAAGGCCCAACGCAUCCCCGUCUUCAACCCUAUCGACCGCCAUGGCCGCGUCUUUUUCUUUUCGUGGAUGGGCUUCUUGGUAGCCUUUUGGGCUUGGUAUACUUUUCCUCCUUUGCUCACCCACACAAUCAAACACACCCUCCACCUCACCCCAACCCAAAUCUCCAACUCCAACAUCCUCUCCCUCCUCGCCACCCUCUUGGUGCGCCUCCUUUCGGGACACGCCUGCGACCUCUACGGUCCUCGUCUCGUCUUCGCCUCCAUCUUGCUCGUCGGUUGCAUCCCCAUCGGCCUCGCCCCCUUGAUCCAAAACGUGACGGGUCUUUACGUAAUCCGCUUCUUCAUCGGCAUCUUGGGAGGAUCCUUCGUGCCGUGUCAGGUGUGGACCACGGCUUGGUUCGAUAAAAACGUGGUGGGAACGGCGAAUGCAGUCGCGGGAGGAUGGGGGAAUGCGGGCGGUGGGGUGACGUAUUUUGUUAUGCCGGCUGUUGUGGAUGGGUUGGUUAGUAAGUGGGGGAUGGGGGAAAAUAAAGCGUGGAGGGUCAGUUUUGUUGUGCCAUUGGUUUGUUUGUUGGUUUGUGGGUUUGGGCUGGUUUUGUUGUGUGAGGAUACGCCGACCGGGAGGUGGAAAGAUCGGGAGUUCGAAAGAGAAGGGUACGUGAGCGAGGGCGGAAACGGGGACGGGGACGGGGACGGGACUGGGGACGAAGAGGUCGUUAUCAACGGCGUUGAUCCCAACCUCAAGUCCCAAUCAGGCACGCAAACUCCCACACCAACAGCAACAGCAACAGUAACGGUGGACGAAGAAAAGGGAUCCAACUCCAAGCCCCAGUCCCAAACCAUCUCCGACACCGAAUCCACCACCACCGCCGCCCGAAAUCCAGACGUCGAAAAAGCCGAGGCCGUACCUACCCUUAUCCCAGGAAGCCCCAACACCACCACCACCACCAACACCCCAGUUCCCAUAAGCAUAAGCACAAUCCUCCUCUCCCCCCAAACCCUCUUCCACACCCUCACCUACGCCUGCUCCUUCGGGUCCGAACUAGCCAUCAACUCUAUUUUGGCCUCAUACUUCCUCUCCGUUUCCCCUUCCUCGCUCACGCAAACUUCUGCAUCGAAUUACGCCGCCAUUUUUGGGUUUCUCAACUUCGUUACGAGGCCAGCUGGCGGACUCAUCUCUGAUCUUGUGUAUAACCUCUUUGGUGGCGGUGGUUCAUUCCCACUUCCUUCACCCAACUCCAGGUCCAGCUCUAGCUCCAGCUCCAGCUCCAGUGGCACUACCAACAGCCCCAACGCAAAAAGUCUCUGGGCCCGCAAGUUAUGGAUCUCCACCUGCUGUUUACUAUCCGGCAUUUUUUUGUUACUCCUCGGCCUGUUAUCCUCCUCCACCUCCUCCUCCACCUCCAACCCUUCGCUAGGAACGGUCAUAGCGCUGGUAAUCCUAGCAGCAAUCUUCCUAGAAGCAGGUAACGGCGCCAACUUUGGUUUGUUGCCAUUUAUCUGGCCCGAAAGAAACGGGCUUGUGUCAGGCGUGACGGGUGCGGGAGGGAAUCUUGGCGGGGUGAUGUUUGCGCUUGUUUUUAGGUUCGUGCAUGUGCAUGGAGGAGGUAAUGGGGGAGGUAAUGGGGCAGAGGCGCAGCAGAGAAAAGGGUAUGAAAAGGCGAUUUGGAUCUUGGGGGUGAUUAAUCUUGUCGUGGGCGUUUUGGGGGUGGGGGUUUGGCCUGUGCCUACGGCUACGAGAAGUACGAGGAGGACAUGGAGGACAUGGAGGAGGAUGGGGAGGAAGCAGCAGGGAGAAAAGGGAGAAAAGAGGAGGUGGUGGUGGCUGUGGUGA